AUGAAAAUUAAAGUGAGGACACAGUCCUUUGGCGACAUCGACGUUGACAUUCCGCAAACGUCCAGUGUAUCUACGCUUAGGCCGAUUGUAGCUGAACGUACGGGUCUGGACGCCGCAACUUUACGCUUUAUCUUUCACGGUCGGGUUAUGGAAGAUGGAGAUAUUCUUACAGAGCGUGGAGUCAACGAUGGAACAACUGUUCUUAUGGUUACCAGACGCCCUCCUGGAGCCACCGAUAAUUUGCCAACGGACAGCAGCAGUGGAACCAGUAGUAACAGCCCAAGACAACCGACGACGACUAAUUUAGUCAACGCCGAGAUCAAUAUCAUGAGAACAGGCUUUUUAUCCAAUCGAGAAAGGGCAGUAGAGUUGAUACGAAAUACAGUUCGAAGGUUUGCUGCUCCGCUUAGUUCUAGUCUUUCAUGGGAUGUUGAUUCACGGGAAAAUCUUCCCCAGCAGGGCGACCUUACUAUAAUUGUUCGUCUUCUGGGGAACCAAAUUAAUCACCCUAGUUCGGGCGCCCGGGCUCGCAUACUUAGGGUCACCGACAUACUUUCUCGGAUAAUUCUGGCUAUGCAGAUUAUUAAGGACGAAUUGUGCCAGCUGGUUGAUGAUAUCCUGGCUCACAACUACGUAGUUAAUGAUGAAUCAUUUGCACAUUUGGAUGAAUGUGUGUUGCGCUUAGAGGAAACUUUACUCGUUCCACGUUCACACGAAAUCGUUAGUUCUUUGGCGACGGUCUCACAAGGUUCUACUGAAGGGCCCGCGGAAGGUUCAGUUCUAAGUAUUUUCCGCAAAGAUCAUAGUGCUUCAUUCGCGCGUAAUCGUUGGUUUACAACCAGGCAUUCAACUCGACUACAGUACUCGCAACUUUUGGAUCACGUUAUCGCUACACAAGCUGACUUCAGCGCGCAGAUAUCGAGCUACCAAGCCAUGCUCAGGAAUCCGCAAGUCUUUUGUCUCGAUGAUUAUGCGCGAUGUGUUGCCCAAGUAUUUCAAGAACAUACACGGAGAAUGUUUCACUGCUUUGGGCAUGUUUUUCACUGCCUCUCUGAUAUAGCAGAUACCUUUGAAAGUCCAGACCGGGACCGAUUGACGCCAACUUUACCAGAGUCGGGAAGCCCUUUUCGAACCGAGGCGCUUUUUCGAAUAGUAGCACUUACCGGCGAGGAGUCAAGAAUCAGGAGAUUAGGACAGCAAGCCGCGCAGGCAUUUCGUUCUGAUGCUCAUCAUCCUCCCAUGCAUGAUGUUCGAAUGCAAAUUGUCGGUAAUGUUAGAAGAUGCGGAUCCCCAUCAAACUUAGUUACAAUCUUUCCUCGUUUUGGGUCAAACCAGUCUUUCGUGCAGUUCCCGACUCCUGUUCCUAGUAGUUUUGGUUCUUUAGACAUUGGUGGUCCCUUUACUAUGCUGCAAAGACUGUUUCCUGUGCCCUCAUCGUCUGCUCACCCUUCUAGUUCGGCACCCUCAACUUCUGCAUCAGCUUCAUCUAAUUCAUCUGCGCCUGUAGCUACCAAUGCAAACACGUUGCGGAAACCCACUCCAAACGCUGUAUCUCAAAAUGAUAGUUCAUCUGCAACACAGUCAAACAGACCAACUAAUGCUAAUGCUAGAUAUGGAGAGCGUCGAACUGGUGUUCUUCGAUUGUUGCUUACUGAAGCAUUAAAUCAUUUAUUAGGCAGUCGUCCUCGAUCUAGUGCCAGCUCAGGAAGCACUGGAACUGCUUCGACCGCUUCACACCCUCCCAGUUCUGCAACGAUGACGACAACUGCUGAAAACCCGCGUUUAAACAGGAGCGGGUCUGGCUCACUAACAUUUCAGGGCUACAAUAUAUCAGCAACUCACCCAACUCCCACUCCACAGUCGUCUCAACAUAUUAUGGUUCCCGGCGUGAUUGGGCAAUUCGUUGUGGAAACUGUUGGUCCGGAGGGAGUGCGACAACUGUUUAACGCUGCAAUGCAGGCAGUGACAAGGCCACCAGGAGCUCAACACGUACAUGGUGGUCCUGGUGUACCUCCCAGUUCUCGCCUGAUAAUGGGUUCUUCCGGAGUGCCGCCACCAUGGCUAUCUGGACCAGUCUUUAUGACCGACAGGUAUCUUCCUUGCCGUAGUAAUUUUGCGAGCACAAUUCCAGAAACGAAUCGGACACCAAGUUAUCAAAAUGCAUUAAGAAUCAUACGUGAGGCUGCACUAAGGUAUGAACGAAGCUUAACUGAAAAUUCAGAACAGCGAAGUGAGGCGGAAUUGGUUUCGGAUCGUUGGUCUGCGCUGAGAGAAACUGAUGAAAGAAAUACUCGUAGAAUCCUUGGUGGAAAUGUGGCUGAAAUUGGUACGACGCAGAAUGAUCCGGUUCAGUUUCAGCGUGUACUAGGGAGUAUUUUAGAAAGGAUUGUGCAUCAAAUGGCAGGAACUGACGCUGACAUUGCCGAAGACCUUGGUACCACCAGAAACGAUUUUGAAAAUUAUUUCAAUGAUCUUACUAGUGAAAUGCGUGGUGACAGGUCUGAGGGAGUUUCACACAAUCGAGCAGCAUCUACGUCACAGGAUAUUGAAAAUCAAAAUGCUGCCAAUACGCCUUCAACGUCGAGACAAGGUGGUAGUGCGUUACACCGUGUUAGUUCUGAGCCAGUUCUGACACAGAAUACUCCAAGGACGGCAAAUGAGGGAGGCGAUGGAAGAUGGAGUCGCGAAUUACAAGUGCUUCAUUUGAUAGCAGACAUAUUAAAUGCGCCUGGAGGUGCAACAGUCGGUCAGUUUUUACGUAGAGAAGGAUAUCAAUAUUCGCAUGCGGGUGGCGGUUUCCUAAAUCUGUUGAUUACAAUGUGUUGUGAAGUGCUCGAUACAACUGACUUCAUGCGUUUGCUGUCUGGUGAUCUGUCUACUUUUGGAACGUAUCGUCAGCAGAUGCGGAGAUAUAUUAUUGAACAUGUUUUGGAUGAUAAUAACCACCCUUCUUCUGAAGACUUGGAAAGUGUUGCUCGACGUUACCAACUUGGAGAAGGGAUGGUUAAUCGGUUAUUUGAAGCUGACCCCAAUUUGAGGAGAUUUGUAGAUGUUCCUGAAAUUGGGCGUGUUGACGUAGCAGCUAGUGCCUUAAACAUCGACCGUUUGUUCCUCCAGAGGCUUUUAUCACUCUUAGUCAAUAGUUCAGACGGUCUUUCCGCUGGAGAUUUCUCAAAGAAGAUGAGUGAACUGUUUUCUGGUUACUUUCGACGUUUUGUUGCCAUUGCGAAUUUGUCGUCAAAUAGCCCCACCGGUUAUUCAGAUGUUUUGAUGCAACUAACGUUAAACAAUGCAUCUGAAGGGGAAGAACGUUUUGGGAGUGAAGCCGCAGCGUUCUUGGAAUCAAGAAAUGACUACCUUUUGCUGAGGACAUUGAUGGAGUCUAGCUUACCACGUUUAGAAGCUUAUUUACGUCAGGAAGCUCCGUUCAAUGUUUCGGACAUUGCUAACGAGCUUGUAACAUCGGAAGCAACAACUGACGAGCUUUCGUGGAGCACCGAUUCUGCAGAAACAGUAAUUGCUGCUAGCAGUCGACCUGUCAAGGAAGUGAAUGAAAGCAGUUCCAGAGCAAAAAAAGCUAUGAAAUUGCAUAGACUUUCCAAUAAUCCACUGCCUUGUAAAAAUACAAAACCAAACCUUAAUUGUUUACCUAAGCCUUGGAUUAGUGUAAUAGAGGAAGAUGUACGUUUUCAGUCAAGUACCACUUUUUCUGAGCCGUUAAGUGAAGCGUAUUUAAGUGGCGACCCGUUCGUGCAGGCGAGUAAAAAGAAAAAGUGUGGUACAACGAGGAGAUACGCAGGUGAUGGUUCAGGACCUUCGAGCCAUUACAAUGCAUCGUCUGGGAGAAAUUUUAAUGAUGCUGCAAAUUCAAAAGAGAAAAAGAUGCUAGAAGGCGGUAAUUCCAAAAACGAGGGGGAUCUUACAGCGAUGGAAAUUGACAGUAACGAAUGUCCUGAUGAACAGUCUCACUUGUCAAAAACUUCCUAG